UAACCUACUUCACCAUUUUCGUCACCCGCUUGAACAUAUCUCAAAAACUUACCAAGAAACUUUAGUUUCUUUGAUUUUCAUUGAGUUAUGGCUUCAAGAACCCUUGCUUCAACUGCCUUUCUCCUCUCUAUCAACCUUCUUUUCUUCACUUUGGUGAGUUCUACCUAUUGCCCGCCAUCAGCACCGAAAGGGCAUGCACCUCACCCUAUCAAACCAUCACCGGUGCCAUCAUCAAAACCUGCCAAGUGCCCAAGGGACACCUUAAAGCUCGGUGUAUGCGUAGAUUUAUUGAAAGAUUUGUUGAGUGUUACAGUUGGUACCCCACCAAAGACCCCUUGCUGCAGCCUCAUUGCCGAUCUUGUUGAUCUUGAAGCUGCUGUUUGCCUUUGCACCACCAUUAAAGCUAGUCUCUUGGGUAUUAACUUGAGUGUUCCAGUUGACUUGAGCUUGUUGCUUAACUACUGUGGCAAGAAGGUGCCAGAAGGAUUCAAGUGCGCAUAAAUUAAAUGUGCUUGUGUUUGAUUUCUGAUUACUUCAUCAUUUUAUCUUCUCCGUUGUGCUUUUAACUUUUGGGAUGUUUUUAUUGCUUAUGCCAUAUUUUUAAAUCAAUAAAUUCGUAUUGUAUUUUUAUUUUUAA